AUUUCUAUUUUAUUCAGUAUUCCAUAAUAGGUUAUUUCAAGAAUCUACCUUGAAAUGAUAUUUUUCUUUCCCCGCGUGCAAUUACAAUUUAAUCAAGUCCGUAUCUUUAUAAAUAAACUAAGCUCUCUCUAUUUUCUAGUUACUCUAAAUUAUCUCUGUACCACCUAUUCUGUAAUGAUAUUCCCUUUGUUUCUUGUUUUAUCUAAAUGAUAACAAACAAUACUUAUAACUAAAAUCUAAAGUAAAUGUUCAUGAACUUCUUAACAAUAAUAUGUCGUAAUUUAUAAGUAUAAGGUACGCAGUUCAUGUAAGUAAGCAGCCUUAGAUUUAGGAGCGGCAAGCCGGGACCCAUAUCCAGAUUUCAGAGGGCGACAAAUUAAAUAUGGCAGACGAAUACACAACUCAUCAUUAACAUAUCUUUGAUUACUGAGACGUCCAGACAUUACGUAAAUACAUCAAUUAUAUUCCACGGGGCGCGAAAUGAUAAUAGUGAUGACAAAGAUUUUAUAUUAUUGACGGUUCAAAUCACAGUGAGCUAUAGUUACGUCGCUUACGAGAUGUUUCCAGGAUUCGAUUCCAGUUCAAACACCACUAUACCGUCUUCAAAUGUCAGUCGACUACAAAACAAUUUGAGUUCAGAAACGACAUCAAAAAUACGACAAAAAGACGAUAAAUUGAGUACCACACAAUUACCAAGCACUCUUCCAUUUUCAACACGAAUCAAAUUCGUAUGUCCGGAAGCGGAAAUUCCUUCCAACAUCGGCCCGUACGAAGUGCCUACUCAACGAGAUAUUAUCCUCUUCAUCAAAAAAACUUUAAUAAAAAUGUUUAAUAUCUAUCACGAGAAAGCUUUAUAUUUCCUGAAAGAUAUUAAAGAGGCUACUCGAGGAACAGCGGCAAUAGAAAGAAAAUGCCACAGACACAAAGGGUCUUACAAAAACUGCGUAAAACGUAUUAGUAGUAAAUGUGAGGUGAUAACUAAAGCGGUCGUCACUUCGCUGGAAAAGCAAAAAGAAGAAGUUGCCGCGUUUAUUGAGGACAAAGUGUGUAAUAUGACAGAAAUGAAAGCAGAUCCUCUGCAGUUAAUCAAGAUAUUGGCGAUGGAAGAGGCUUCAUUGGAAUUUGCUUUGCCUGGCUUUCUGCGGCUGCUUAAUUCUUGUUCCUCCUAUUGCUCAAGAACUAAUCCAAAAUCUAAUCUUAAAAAACCACUACGACACAUGACCGAUCAAGAUCUAGUCAUAAACCAUUUUUUAACACAGAAAAAUUAUAUCCAACUCAUAAAAGGGUCGAAAUAAAUGUAACACAAAACAAAACAUAAAACUGGACGCAUUGUUGUCAUUCAUCUGCAAUGAACGUAUCCGCAACGAUCGACCGAGCCUUUAGCGUUUCACAUGCCAGCAGCUAGAUGGCGCUAGUGUCAAUGAACUUUUGACAUGAACUUAAUUGAAACUUGGUACAACUUAACCAAAAUAUCUAAGCUUUUUACGUGAUGUGAAUAGUUAUUGCCGUGGGAAAUUAUUUCUAUAGCUCAUAAUAUUAUAAUACAAUAUGUGAGAAACAUUGGUGUUUGUUUUUUGUGUUUUCGCAAGAUAUCCUGGUUGACUGCAGAAAUACUUUUCGACUAAGGUAUGUGGUUAUUUACAACUAAAUUAUACAUAUUCAAUGUAUUCGUAGAACUAGACGAGUCGAUACAUAUUUCAAAAAUAAAUACCACGAUACAAAUUUACUGGCAUAUAUUCAAUAACAACUUUAAAACCAGACGUUCAAUUGCUUAGAUAAUGAACCUAGAUUUUUGAUUUUAUAAAUGGAACUGCUAAAAAGUAACAUAUUAUUAUGUAAGAAAACUGAGAUAUUGAACACUGUUCGUUUAAUGAGCAAAGCUAGAAAAAAAUUCAAAAGUUUUUUAUCUAACUUAACUACCACUUACUUUGAAGAAUGUCACAAGAACAAAAUUGCUGAUAUUGUUAGUUAUGAAUUGCACUUUUAAACCUUACGCAAAAGUUUAUACAAUGCUACAUUUCAUCAUCAUUCAUAGGUAGGAAUAGCAUAGAAGUCCAAUGCUCAAAUCAAACACAUUUAAGAACUGAAAUUAUAAAUAUACAUCUUAUGUCAACA